UGACAUCCAAUUCGUUGGCCCUACAAAGUAAACUCAGAACCAUCAAACAUUUUCACCCCUAAUUAAACUGGCAUUUCCUUUCCAAAUGCGCUGAAAAAAAUUUAAGACAGUGCGCUGAACUAUCGAAGCCCUAACUUUACUCAUUGAAUCUCUAAUUCAGCGAAAAAUAAAGUGUAAAGUGAAUUGAGUGAUGUACUUGAGACUGGAGGAGAGCAAAAAUGACAGCUUUGGUUGACGGGUCGAAAUGACUCCAGGAAAUAACAAUGUUCAGUUUUUAACUUGUACAGUAUUUUUUGUCACGUAAACUAUGACAUAAGUGUAAAUUAUGCCCCGUAAGGAAAGAACAAAUGCGAAAACAUGGGAACGAGACAGAAGAAAUCGUAUGAAUACAUAUUUCAAGACUCUAUCGGAUUUAUUGCCAUCACAUCAGGAGGGUCGAAAGCGAAACAAAGUAGACAUUCUCAUUUACGCAGCGAAAUACAUAAAGGAUCUUACAAAUCGUACCGAGGAACUUUUUUAUGCGCACGCAGUAGACGCUCACAAAGAAGAACUAAAUCGUCUGAAGAAGCUGGUGGCACAGCUCUAUUCUCGCACCCAGUUGUUAUCGACCCUCUUGAAGGAAGCUGGAAUCACAGUGCCACCAGAGCCAGCCCUGGAGAAAAUUUCCCCCCUGAAAUGGUCAAACAAAAUAAACGUCGACGAUGUUGACAAGUAUUUAGAUAGAUAUAAUGAAUGUAAAAAGCCGGUUAAACGUAAGAGUAAGCCAACGGGUGUGCGAGUGCCCUCGAAGAAGAAGCUCCCAGCCACGUCACCAAAAAAAUCCCCAGCGGACAAGGACUCGUCAGAGAGUGUAGACACUCCCUCAGAGGACCAAGAGAACCACGUGAGCACGAGUAUAAUCGAUGCCGAGGGCCUCUCCACCCCCGAGACCCCUCCAAAGUCCCCCGAGCCCCGUAACAGUCCUGCCCAGGCUACUACCACCGACUCAACAUCAUGCGGAAGUGCUGGGCCAAAAUCAGGCCCUGGGAUUCGUAAGCUGGAGUCUCGAAAGAAGAUGAAGAGAAAAAAGCCAGCGCCCGAGGACGAGAAGCAAAGAAAAUCACCAGACCUUGCUCACCAGGGAAAUCAGCCCCUUGGAAACAUAAUCCCAGGGACACUGAUCCUGUCAGGUGGAAAAAUCAUGCCCCUGAUGACUCCAAUAACCCUUCCCUCAAAUAUCCUCGUCAAUGCUCAAGCCCAAUCCUCAAAUCAAAUAAUCCUGGGCAAUAACCAAGCGAAUCCAAUGAUAGUGAUGCAAUCAAUUGGCAGCAGAAUUCAACAUUCAGUUGUACCUGUUAGAAAUCAAAAUAUCGUUAAGGCUGUGCAGAAAGUAACUCUCAACACUGUACCAAGUAUUCGUACCAAUGUUGGAAUUAAUUCACAAGACUGGGUAUCAAAUGUUAGAACAAUUGUUGAAGCAACUAAAAUCGGUGGUAGAAAGGGAAUUCUACCCAAGGGUAAAGAGAUAACUAAAACAACAAUGACGUACAAGGUGCCAAUUCCUGCCAUCCACAGGGAAGGAAUUGUUUCAAAGAAUUCAGACAAUAAUGUUAGUGAAAAAAUUGAGCCAAAAAGUAGAAUUAAAAAGCCAGGGAAGAGCAAAAAAAUUAAGGAGAAAGAGAAAAAUUCUAUGAGUAAGGAUGACAAAAUUUUGGAUUCUGAUAGUUCCAAGAAUGAGGAGAAGGGCAGGAAGAGGAAGAAUGCAGGUGAUGCUGAGUGCUCACCCCCAAAGGUAAUCAAAUCGUCACUUCCAGAGACUUGUGUAUCCAUAGAAAAUCUUCGACAUGUAGUUGAGAAGAUUGGAGAGGAUGAAUGUUCUGAUAAACCCCAGAAAUUGAAUCCAGAGAAGCCAGAAUCAGCUCAAAACUCUGUUAAAACUCCAUCAUCAUCCUGUGGAGUCGCAAAAGAGCAGAUUUCCCCUCCGGAAAAGUCGGCAGAAUUGACAGAGACCUCAAAACCUGAAGAAUCUCUCAAAAAAUCGAACCCUGAAACUUCCCACGAGCCCCCACCCACUGUAAACCCAACGAUCCCCAAAUCCUGUGAAUCAUCAGUGUCACAUUCUUCCAAUCAGUCAUCUCCACCUGAGGAUUCUUCAUUCCCCCAACUGGAGCCCCCAAAACCCGUGUCAAACCCUCCCCUCUCAGAAGUCGAUAAAGCAAUGACCGAGACAGAAGACAAAAUCCGAGAGACUAAAGACGAUUGUGACCUUGGGAGACUGAAUAAUCUCCUGAAUGCAGCGACCAGUCAGCCCCAAGUCCCUGAGGACAGCAGAGCAAUAAUGGAGAGUGGAAAAAUCAUCCUGAACCUGGACACAAACACGACAACGACGAUGAAACAAGGCACGAGUGUUCCAGGAGACCCAAUUCCCCCAGCACCUUCAUCAGCUGUUCCUGAAGGACUCCCGAAGGACGAAAAGUCGAAGGAGAUGGCCUCCAAGUCUCUGUCGUACCCAUCAGGCAGCACUUUCGUUCCAAUCAACAGCAGAAACGAGUCCCUCCACUCAGAUUUAUCGAACGAUCUGUUCGCAUCACUGCAAGUACCUUCCAGCUCCCACAAUCCAGAGUCUAUUUCUCCGACUGCAGCAUUCCUGAUGGCCUUCCCCCUGGUGUCUUCGCUGAACGGAAAAACCGAGGUUCUCGAAGAGGAUAUGAAGGAGGACCUAAAGUACCACAGCCAGACGCCCCCAAUGCUCCUCCAGAUAGGCACGAUCGAGCCCACGAUCUUCAAGCCUAAAUCGAACGAAAACAAAUGUCAGGAGACGACUCGUGAGAAGGAGAAAACCCCUGAAUGCCCGGAUAAACCCCUCGAUAUUGCCCCCAAAUCUCUCCCCAAAAUCAUCAACAAUGAGCCCAUAAAGGAACGAUUGUACAAAGUCGUGCCUUACUCCGAGCCAGCGAUGCCGACCUUCCCCUCAGCCUCAACAAUUACCUCAAAUCCAUCAAACCCAGUCCCCCAUUCGGACCCUCAACCCAAGAAGAUCGUCCAGAAUUCCCUGGAGAACCCCCCAAACAAUUUACUAGUGAUACCAAAACCCGAGGAUCAGAUGAGAAAGGUCCAGAAGGUUGAGACGAGCUCAAUACCUUCUUCAAGACCAAUGGACCAAACACCGAAAUACGACAGCAACAUGAGGUACCCCAGCCACCCAGAGUUCCUCCCGAAUUACUCGAACUUCACGAGCACCGACAAUCAGAUGUCGUCGACACCGAGGGUCUCCUAUCCCUCUCACUCGCCCUCACAGGUGCCCCAGCCAGUCUACUCCUACCAAAUCCCUCGUCAGACCUUCGUGAAUCGUCCCAAGAACGUCAGCUCGAUGGACAAUCAGAUCGUCACCUACACGAUGUCCCAGACUCGACCUACAACAGCGCCAGACCCCAACGAUUAUCAGACCAGGAACGUGAACCCUGUGAUGCCAGUGUCAUCCCAGAGUCUUCAGUACAACUAUCCACCUCGACCGAAGGACUCGUACCCUCAUCAGCAUCAGGAGCAUAGGGUCUACGUGGAGCAAGGACAGGCGAAGGACUCGUCGAUCUGCCAGAGCAGCUACUCGAUGCACAAGGAGCCCCAGAUGUACCACGACUACUCGAUCGUCGGUAAAACUUCGAGCCUAGACUCCUUCCAACUAUCACGAUCGUACGUGCCACCAUCAUCGUCAAUUAAGGAUCCUCCCCAGAACUACCAGAGUUAUCUGCCAAUCGUGCAAACGAAGGAGCAGACACGAGAGGUGCCAGCCAAUCUCCCCCAGAACUACCCUGAUCAGUCCAAGCAACCGUCACUAGAGACCUUCGACAAUCUCCAGAGGGACUUCGACUCAACCCGAAAAGAUCCCUUCGUGCCGUCGACGUCUGCUGGCUCAAAGCUCCCCAAGACCCCCCAGAACAAUCAGAACAGCGAGGCCCAGAGGAUCGAGACUUCAAUAUCAUCAGCAGUGAACAAACACCCUCAGGAUCACUUCAACACGAAUUACUCGAAAGGAAAUGGAUCACUGGUUUCUGAUCCUCAGUACCAGGUGAAGCGGUCUGAGCCUCAGACCUAUGGGCUCUACCCCAGAGACCAAAAGAAGAUGUUCGAGAAUCCCUCGAAUACUCAAGUAAAGCCUCACGUUCAGCCUUCGCUCCCUCGUUACCCUCACCAGUUCCACCAGCAGCAGCAGCAGCAGACGAACGUGACGACUUGCAACUACGGUCAGAGUAUAACAGAAAAUCCUGGCAAAUCCACGACAACAGUUGCUCACAACUCCUCCACCUACAGCAUCCUCUCCUGGACGACACUGUCCCCCAUGGGUCUAGGAAGCAAUAACAAUCUCGUGCACUUCGAGGCGGGCGCAGAUCACGUUGAUGAUAACGAGGGAAAAACAAUAUGCGAGAACUUCAACUACAGUCAGCUGCACAAGGAGACUGUUGGAUUUGGGAAUAUUCUGCAGGGUGAGCAGUACUCAGCACCUGAGGCCAUUCUCGAUAAGUCAAAGCCAAAAAUGUCGAGUGAUAAUAAACAGGGGUAUGAGGACAGCUCGAAGAGCAAGAACGUGCAGAGUAUUCAGCAGAAGCAGACGAGCAGAAGUCACAAUCAAAAUCAGAACCAGAAUCAGAGUCAGAAUAUUGGAGAUGAUUUCAAGUACAGUGGGGAGAAUAAGAACAAGUCCAAGUACUCGAUGGACUCGGCAUACACCCAGACGGAGUUUGGAGGGUUGGACCAGAGGCACCAGCACACGAUCAAGCCCCACCAGAUCCCUGAAUCCAAGGCUGAGAAGACAGCUUAUUCGAUUCCUUACGACUCCCAAAUAACAUUCGACUUGGCUGACCCUGUGGGCCAGUCCCAGACGAAGUGUCCUGACAUUUACACUGGGAGUAAUUACAAGUACGGAGAUGAUAAGGAUCAGCACUCCCAGAUCAAGUACCAGCCGAUCCUCCAGGGGCAGGCCCCAGUGGUCCUGAAUGACAAUGUGAGCUACAAUUCGUCUAAAGGGAAUCAGCAGCAGCAGCAGCAGCAGAAUAUGAACAAGUCGAAGGGUGUCCAGCAGCAGGUGCAGCCGGUGAGGCCUCCAGUUAACUGGAUGAUGACUCCAGAGGUGAAGCACAACUCAAACAUUGCGGAUUUGAUUUUGCCACCGAUUGGAAAGGAGCUUGACUUCUGUCAGAAUAACAUCUUCGGUCAAACGCCUUCUUAUAAUCAGGGGACGUCGAAUCAGUUUUACAACAAUUAUGAUGUGUCUGUGAGUGCUGCCCACAGUUUCUCGAAUGUCGGGGCUCUCCAGAGUGACAGAUUCUACCCUGAGGAGCAGCCGUUCUCCUGGAGUCCGACGAAGAAUCCUCAGAGUGGGGCUGAUCAUCAGGGCAUGAAGACACUGGACCAACAGGUGGUGCCUUCUACGCUGCCAACGCUGGUGGGAGACUUGGCCCUGGGGACAAACAUCCCUGAGAAGCAGAGUUUCUUGUUCGGUCAGGUACCACCCAGGAGCAAUGAACUGCCCAAGACUUCGGGUAAGGAGAAGGAUAGCAAUUUUCAGGUGAUGCUGAAUCCUCAGACUGGGCAGCACACCAACCAGGGAACUUCGUUCUUAUCGGUUAGUCAGCUGGUGGAGCAUGAGAAAGCGGAAAAGAGUCAUCAUCAGCAAAAUCAUCAUAGUCAUCAUCAUCAUUCACAGGUGCAACCCCAGCCCCGAAAGCAACGGAAAAGCAACACAAGCCCGCGAACAACCGCGAAAAGACAGAUGGACAUGAGAAAGCAAAGCAACGACCAGCAGAUGCAGCAGCACGAUGAUCAAAAGAUACCGUCAACCCAUGGAUUCUCAGAUCAAUACCAACAGCAGCCGCAGCAGCAGCAGGCACAACAGUCCCAAAAAUACCUGCAGAACGACGGUUUAUGGAGAAACCGAAACUGCAAGAGUAAUUACACAGCUGAAGCUCUGAUCGGCGUCAAUAACACAAGUCUUCACGAUGGAAGCGCGUCUGACAAGCAGCUCCACGCUCCGGCAAUCAAAUUCUCAACGGAUUACUCUCAGAAUAAGUUCCCUGGUAGCCUUGGAACAACCGAGAUGGUGAUGCCACCGAUCAACUACCUGACGAACCCAGAGGACGGCAACGGCUACGGACAAGUGAUGAACCAGAACUUCAAUCACUCGUCGUACACUUACUCACCGAACACGAACAUCUAUCCCUCUACGAACUUCAUCGCUGGCAUCUCGAACACCACGAGUAGCUACAUGAUGCCACUCCAUGAGAAUCCCACCGAUUACCUCGAGACGAAUUCGUUUCUGCUGCCCAAUGUCAAUAAUGUCACAACUUCAAAGUCUGGGAUCAACACUUCGUCCAGUGUCUCGUCGGUCUCGACGACCAGAGCAUCAGCGUCUGUCACUGCUCCCACAAACGUCAAAAAUCAGCAUUAUAACAACACGGGAAAGCAGCAGCAGUGUGACAAACGAAACUCGUAUACGAAUGUCUCAAAGAAGAGCAAGCGAAAGUCUGAUACGACGAUGCAGAACCUGGAGUUUCCCAUCGGCGGUGUUGCUGCUACGAUGGAGGAUUAUCACUCUCAUCAUCACACGCAUCCUUCGACCUUUCUGCCUCCACCACCGCAUGCUAAUCCUCUGUAUCAGAACCAGUCGAUAUCAAAUGCUAAUAGAAGCAGGGGAGGAAGUGGAAGUGGAAACUCGGUGGCUAUGGCACAUCAUCCGUCCGGAACUAGUCUCACGAACUUCAAUCUCAGCACUAUAUUCCCGGAGAUUAAUGAUAAGGUCACAGGGUACAAGCCCCCUAAUACAAUCCAGCCAGGCUUGUCUCAAUCUUCCAAUCAUCCGUCGACGAGUUAUCCUCAACGACCUAACUACACAACAAACAAUUCUCUGGGUCAUGUUGCACAGGUCUCACAAUCGGAGGCAGCUCAAUUUACAACCGACUUACCUGUACCACCACCGCCAAGUGUACUCCACUACAAGGCCACUUGACGAACAAAGAAUGGACCACCGAAUUACACAAAAAAAUCGUACUAAUUUGAAUAGAUUUAAUGUAAUGAAAUUUGUACAUAUUGUCGCAUUGGCGAGAGAAUUACCUCCGGCAAUCUUCGGGCUUCCAUAUACUCACACGCCUCCACCACUGUUCCCAAUCAUAGUCGGAGGGAAUUCUUCGGCCAUUCUAACUUUACGAAGAUGUUGAAUUAAAUGUUAAAUUUAAUAAUA